AUGCCAGUUCACGGUAUGCUAGCUAAUAGAAGCAAUAACGCUGGCGUUAGCGGUAGCGCGAGCAGCGGUAGGAGAACCGUGAUCCAGGCAAUAGAUCAAACCGCCAUUCGCCGCAUAUGCCCGGGACAGGUGGUGCUGGACGUGGCAGGCGGUGAGGGAGCUGGUGGAGAGCUUUGUCGCUGCCAGUGGGGUACCUGUUUCUUCCCACCACCCGCCUGCCACUUCCCUCCUCCUUCCCCACCCCCUCCCUCCCCAUCCGCUGUGGUGUUGGACGUGGCGGGCGCGGCGAAGGAGCUGGUGGAGAACAGCCUGGACGCGGGGGCGACGAGCGUGGAGGUGUGCCUCAAGAAGUUUGGUGCCGAGCUCAUUGAGGUGGCGGAUAAUGGCUGUGGGGUUGCGCCUCCUAACUGGCAGGUGACGUUGGACGCGGGGGCGAUGAGCAUGGAGGUGCGCUUGAAGGACUUGGGCGCGGACCUCUUCAAGAUGGCGGACAACGGCUGUGGGGUCACUCCUCCCAACUGGCAGGCACUGACCCUCAAGUACCACACGUCCAAGAUCGCCCAUUUGGCCGACCUUCAAUCGCUCUCCUCCUUCGGCUUCCGAGGGGAAGCCCUCUCCUCCCUCAGCACCCUUGCUGACGUCACCAUCACCACCCGCACUGCCAACGAGCCAAUCGCAACGCGGCUGGCGUUCGACCAAGCGGGAAAGCUCCUAGACGCCCCUCGGGAACAGAGCGGGCGCAGCAGCGCGCGCAUCACUGUGGUGCAGACAGCUGGCACUGGGUUGAUGCGCGAGAACAUAAUCCCUGUGUUUGGCGCCAAGGCUGCUGGAGGCCUCGACCCAGUCGACAUCACCUUCCCUCUCUCCCCUGCUGCCAUCACCGCUGCCCCUCCUGCUCCUGCUGCUGCUACCGUGGAUCUGCCACGCCUCUCCAAGCUGCUCAACGAGCUCUAUCGCUUCUUCAAUUCCCUGCAGUUCCCCACCGCUUUCCUAAACGUUUCGCUUAGGGCGGACGCAUACGACGUGAACGUGACCCCGGAUAAGCGCAAGGUGUUUUUGCACUCGGAGGCGGCGCUGCUGUCGGGGCUGAGAGCUGCUUUAUCGGAGUUUUACUCUCCGAAUAGGGGGAGCAGGAGAGAUGAGUUGAUUGGGGAUGGGGAUGGUGAUGGGGAUGGGGAUGGGCAGAUAGAGGAGGCGGAAGGCGGGGAGGUGGAGGAAACGGAAGGGGAUAGAAGGAAGCCUCUAUAUCAGUUUGAGCGAGGCGAGGGAGGAGGGAAAGCAACGCUAGUGGCGGCAGUGGGGGAAGCAGCACAAUAG